AUGCCCCCAACCCGAUACUUCCAGCCCACGCACGGAAGCCUACUCAAUACAAUCAACGCUAGAGAUGACAAGGUCGUUGAGCCCCGCGGGUUAUGGAACACGGUCAAGGGGAAGAAACGAUGCAUCGUAUUAUGCGAAGGAUUCUUUGAGUGGUUGAAUAAAGGCAAAGACAAAAUCCCACAUUUCACCAAACGGACAGGAGGCGAACUGAUGUGUCUUGCAGGACUAUGGGAUUCAGUAACUUAUAAAGGGACUACUGAAGAGCUGCAUACAUUCACCAUCAUCACCACCUCCUCCAACAAUUACCUCUCAUUCCUCCAUGAUCGAAUGCCGGUGAUCUUGUCUGAUCGAGAUAGCAUAGAGACUUGGUUGGACACCUCCAGUGGAGAGUGGUCCAGCAGUCUUUCCAAGUUGUUAAAGCCAUUCAGUCUGGAUGACGGCUUAGUCUCUUAUCCGGUACCCAAGGAAGUCGGCAAAGUAGGCAAUCAGAGUGCGGAUUUUUUGAAAAGAAAAGGUAACAUCAUGUCGUUUUUCAAUAAACAAACUCGGCCCUCUGGAUCGCAUUCCUCGAAGCAAGCAGCCUCAUCUUCAGGUCCCGACUCAAAGCAGAUGGAGAAGAAGGGGCUAGUCGGGACAGCUCCAGCCGUACUUCCCGGACUGGAAAUCGAAGGUCCCCAUGAUGCUGACACAAUUAAGGAUGAACCGAAAGGGUCUCCAGCUCCAUCCCCCAAAAAGACUCCCAUCAAAAGGAGUGCUGCAUCUGUGGAGUCUGAUGCCUUACCCCCAGAAAAGAAAGUACGAAAGGUUUCCUAG